AAACCGUGAAAUUUCGUAGUAAAUUUGCAUAAUUUGUAUUCCUAUGUCAAAAACAUGUAUUUCUUGUAUGUGGCGCACUACUUUAACACAGAUCCCAAAAUCGCCCUAUACGCACACCCCUUUAAGGAUUGCUUGAUGGCACUAAACACCCAUCACCCUGUAGAACAAAUACAACCGCCGCCACUUAUUAGACCACCACCAACUAGCCAACAAACCAGACAGUAAAUAACCUACCGAGCUAACUUCAAUGUGAAACUUAUCAACGCCAACAGCAACACCAACAUAACACCAAUACCAAAAAAGUAACAACACCAACAUUAUCGCAUAUUCAUCUCGCAAUCAGCGAAACGGUAAGCAAAAAAGUUCGCAUUGCCACUGUGAACACCGAAUCUCCGCAACGAAUAUCAGUUGACGAACUUCAAUCGUAAUGGCGAGUUCAAUUGUUAGUUCCGCUGUCAAGACCGUGGAGCGGAGAGUUGCGCGUGUGGCUUAUCUUUGAACGUAGUGGGCAAAAUCGAAUCGAAAUUGAUUGUCUAUUUAUAAUUUUUGAUUGAUAUAUGAAAAUGUAAAUUGCAAAUACCCCGAAAUAAGAAAUAUGAAAUUGAAGUGUGUCUAAAAAACCAACGAGAAAACCAAUGAGAAGGGAAUAAAACCACCUGUGCGCGCUUGUGUUGAAUUAACAAAAACGCAAAACAAAAAACGCGAAUCACAUACAACUUUGUGUAUGAAUACGAGCACGUACACACACACCUGUGUGGGCGCGCAAUACAAAAAAGAGAUAUACACAUACGUAUCUGAACACACACACACAAACACGUGUCUUUUUACCUUGACGUCACGCCGCUUUUUAUAACCUGCCACCAGUAGAAACGAAACCGAGCGUUGGCUAUUCUCCCGCUCAACCGAAGCACGAAACAUAUAAUAUCUUAGAUACGUCUAGAUAGUAACGCGUCAACCCCGGCUCCCAACGAACGACGAGGUGGAAGCAGCAGUGAUACCACAAUAGCGCAAAUACCAAAAGCCAAUGGCAAAAGCCAAGCAAUUAAACGGCUCACAUACAUAUAAAGGCAAAGAAAUAUAUCACAUGUAAAUGUGUUACGCAUAAAAAAAAAAUAAAAAAUUAUGUAUCGUAUAUUAAUACAUAUGUAUGUGUGUACAAAAAUAAGAAAUAAAUAAAUACUCGUAAUACAAGUGCAAAAAAUUACAACUCUCCCAUGAAAAUAAAUACCAACUUUGCCAGCAACAACAUAUCAACAAAGUUUUCGCAACUAAAAGUACAAACACCAAUAUAUGUUUAAUACAUACAUACAUACAUACAGCAAAUACAUAUUCAAGCUUUGAAGCAUCAUUAAAGUGGUUCUCACAUCGCUUCAACGAAUGUAUGUUCCAGUCUAAAAUUUAUUUCAACCAAAAAAAUAAAAGCACUAAAAAUGUUUGUUGCUGUAUAUCCCAACAAAAAUGACACUUACUUAAAAUUUAACAAUGAAGAAUCACAAAAAAAUACUAAAAAUGUCACUUUAGAAAACAAGAGUACGUGUAUGCAGAGACAACAUACCUUCAAUAAAUAAAAUAUAUUUAACAUUUCCUCUCCACAUUCCAACAACUAUAAAAGGCUUAUUAACAAAAAACAAAAAAAAAACAUCACACAGCUGCACGGGAACCCACGAUAAGGCAAAGAAAAAAAUCUCUCGCAUACAUUUUCAAGCAGAGAAUAUCGCAUAUAUACAUACAUAUACAUAUAUAUUGUAAUAACGGAAGCAGCCCCAACAACGUGCGAGUUUUGCUCAAAAUGGUAUUCUACAUAUCGUUUUUUGGCAAAAACAUCGACCCACCGGACAAAGCGGCCAACGAAAAGAGCAUGGCCUGCAUUCAAGAUGGAUUGGAACAAAUGAAAUUAGGUGCGGGAAAUCUCUCAUUCACAACAGACAUCGACUUUCAACGACCGCAAGCGAAUAACAACAUCACAGACAGCAGUUCGGACAAUACCUGCCAACAUCGAUGGACCCCCACGCAUGGCUAUCGCGACAAGGGAAUCGGUGUGAUGACAAGCCUGCUGGGUUGUAUGAAACCGAUACUCUCCUUUAUGACCAAGACUGGCGUUAUCGAGAUCAAAGAUCCAAAAGAUUACGCAUGGGAGAUACCAUUUGAAUGCAUCACAGGCUUGGAGUGGCUGGGUAGUGGGGCACAAGGUGCCGUUUUCAGUGGCAAAUUGAAUAACGAAAUUGUGGCAGUGAAGAAAGUGAAAGAACUGAAGGAAACAGAUAUUAAGCAUUUAAGAAAGUUGGAUCACCAAAAUAUAAUUAAGUUCAAGGGUGUUUGCACACAACCGCCUGUUUAUUGCAUAAUCAUGGAGUUUUGCCCCUAUGGUCCAUUGCAAAAUAUUCUGAAGGAGGAGAAAGUGAUGCUGCCAUCUCGCCUAGUGUCAUGGUCGAAGCAAAUCGCACACGGCAUGCAAUAUUUACACUCGCAUAAAAUCAUACAUCGUGACUUGAAAAGUCCCAAUAUUCUGAUCGGCCAACACGAGAUAGUGAAGAUCAGUGACUUUGGUACAAGCAAAGAAUGGAAUGAGAUUAGCACGAAAAUGAGCUUCGCCGGCACAGUGGCUUGGAUGGCGCCUGAGGUGAUACGAAACGAGCCUUGCUCGGAGAAGGUCGACAUUUGGUCAUACGGAAUAGUGCUCUGGGAGAUGCUAACAUGCGAGAUACCCUACAAAGACGUUGACUCGUCAGCCAUCAUUUGGGGUGUGGGCAAUAACUCAUUGAAACUACCGAUACCGUCCAGUUGCCCAGAGGGUUUCAAGUUAUUGGUGAAUUUAUGUUGGCAUACCAAACCCCGCAACCGUCCCUCAUUUGGGCAAAUAUUAUCGCAUUUGGAAAUCGCUGGUCCGGAGCUAUUGCGUAAAAGCGACAAGGUAUACUUCGAAGCGCAACAGUCUUGGAAGGAGGAAGUGCGGUCGCAUCUUAAGGAAAUUACACAAAAUGGCACUAGUAUACAUAAAUACGAACAGGAUUUGAUUAGACGGCGCACGGCCGAGUGGCAGCAUGCGCAAGAUAUACGACUGGUCUAUGAAGAUAAGCUGGAGAAGACAAAUCGACUGUAUUUAGAAUUAAGUGAAUGCAUGACACAACUACAGGAAAAAGAAAAAGAAAUUGCAAUGCGUGAAAAACAACUGCCAGGUUACAAACCAACAAGACGCUUGGGCAGCACACUGCGAAAAAUACAGAAUUAUCGUAGACGACUUAAUCCACCCAUGACAACACCAGGAAAUGCUCAACAACAACAACAGUCAUCGACGCCUGAUCCUGAGACAACGCCAGAGAGUCCUCUUAAAGCCAUGCUGUAUGCGCAGGUAAUUAGCUUAAAUCAGACCAAGUCAUACUGCGUUUCCACGCAGAAGGCGAAGAAGAGCAGACACCGAAGAGUUGGUUCGGGUAGUUUUGCAGCUGCACCCAAAUAUAGUCCAAGUCGGGACCGACGCUACCAGAGCGAGCCCGACAAUCGUAAGAACGUAAAGCUAGUGGACACCGAAACUCAGACAGAUGCCAUGGAUAUUAGUGAGACGGACAUUAGUCCAAGCGCGUGCUUUGCAAUGCGCGAUAUCUCAAUGACUCUUGCGCCCGACACCGAGCUGCCCUCCUACGAGGUUUUGUAUGCAAUGGAUCGCAUUAAUCAGCGCCAGCCAGCGGAGCCACAAACUGCUAUGCAACGUGCACAACAACCAUCACAGCACCUAAAGGAGCAACAACCACAGACCGAUGUGCCAGUAGAAGCGGCGACGACUCCUACUAGUCUAAAUGGUAACUCCAUGACACCUUCAGAUGUGACUUUCCAAGAUGCAUGCUCUAGUCCUGACCAAUUGCUCGACGAUGUGAUCAACAGCAAUGAACGGCUGGACAUACCCGAUUACUGCAGUUCCAAUGAACACCUCGAUCGACUUGGUGAAAAGGUGAUCAAGUUUAUCAAUGAGAAUCGACUGAGUAUACAAACCACAACAACGCUAAGUAAUCAUGGUGAGGUAGCGACAACCCGUUUACAAGCUGACAAUGGCAAUGAGAAUGUGAGCGAAAGCAUUGGCACGACAACGCAAGAUUUGAAUCGGCAGAGCUCGACGGAACGUAUGACACCGAGAACGAGUAGUGUGCGACGAAAACCUCAACACAGUUUAGAGAAGUCGGUGCCUGCCGAAGCGCAAGCGCAGGCGCCCAGCAAUGCAAAUGGCGAGUCUAAUGAAGAUCUCUUCGAUGACAGUUGGUCGGAUGAGGAGGGCGAGGAUACAGAUUACAAUUACGGCCUACGACGGAGAAGCAUUGGACGCCUUCCUAUAGGCCGUGGCAUGCGUGCGCGACGUUGCUAUAAAAUACCUAUCAUUCCCAAAAUUCCCAUCCACAAACGAAACGUGACUGUCGUUUCGGAUGAGGAAAAUACCUCCGAGUAUAGCCACUCACCAUCCAGCCAGCAUUCAACGCUCGAAAGUAAUCCUGAUGAAGUACUCAAACAAAUGAAAGCCACACAGAAGUGCGUCGCCACAACCGCUACAACGGACACCGAGGAAGAGGUCUCGUCUAGCAGCAGCAGUGACGAUGGCGAUGACGUGAAAACGCAGCAUGAACGCCGCCCAACAACAACAGCAGCAACACAACGACAAAGACGUGAACAACGACAACAUCAACAAAAAUAUGCAAAUGCACCAACAACAAGAGCAAUAAGUGUGACACUUACAGCGCCAAGCAAUGCGCUGCCCAUUUUGCGCAAACGCAGUGAUGUAAUUUCCAUACCCACGUAUGAGGCGGACGGUGCUGUGGAUAUGGUGUAAGCUAAUGUACCAUGAAGUCACGUACAAGGCAGGCUCAGGGACUAUGCCUUCAACAUACUCGUACCAUGAUGCAUAGGUAUUUGCAUGAGGCUAUAGUUCCAACUACUUAAAAACAAAAUAUAUAUACAUAGUUCGUAAAAGAAUAAGAAAAAAAUUAUAAACGCAAACAAAUUUGCUUUAGUUCAAGUAUCUCAAAAAAUUUAAUGCCCUGUAUUUAAUAUUAAAUCUACCAAUUUAUAACUUAAGUAAUCGAUACGAUAAGUGUACAACAAGUCAGGCAUCUUGUCAUAGUAAUUAGUCAUACAUGAAUGCAUACAUACAUACACACAGGAUUACAUUAAAUUAGUACUCAUUACUUCAUAUUUAUGUAAAUGUUAAAAAUGAAACAAAUUGUACACGUCUCAUACACACGUACUUACAAAGGGUUACAUUAUUUAAAUGUUGUAUGACUUGCAGUAAGAUUCCGAAAUAUAUUAAUUUUUUUAAGAGAGUUGGUUGCCAAUUUUUGCAUGGCUUCUAUGUACGACAAAGUUAGAGUGGGACGUAUGAAUGUUCCCAUAUAACGGAAAAAUUGUGAUUUAAUCUAAACUGACCAUUGGCGUUAAGGAUGUGACUGUCCAAGAAACACAAUUAACUUAAGCAAUUUUUGUUUAGGGUUGCAAUUAGGCUGUAGUUACUUCUAAUAAUUGUUUUAAGGGUGUUUUAAAACCCAACAAACAUAUUAAUAUACAUAGCACAGAAAGUCUUAAAAAAAUAAUUAAUAAUUCUAAGAAUAACUAAUUGGGUUAUGUUUUUAAGAAUCCUUUUAAUUCUUUGUUUUUUCCAUGACCAGCAAUCAAUCAUAAUUGGCAGUAAUCAAAAUAUAAUUACGAUUUCUUACUAUUAAAAGAAAAAAUUAAAAAAAAAAAAUUAUGCGAUAUUUGAAAAUUGUUUACCCUUUUUUAAUCUAAUUGAAAAGAAAACAUAUUAAAUUGUUCACAUCAAAGGUUUUACAACGAAGGCAGAAAAUCAAAAAGGAUUAAAAUUUUAUGCGUCCGAUUCUUACUAAUGGUUCUGAAAUCUGGACACUGAAAGUUAAUGAUGUUAACCAACUAUUACGAUUUAAAAGAAGCAUUAUGAGAAAUACUUGCGGUCCCAUUCGGUUUGAAGACGGGACGUAACGAUCCGUUACAACGACGAAAUUGAAAACCUUAUUGGUGGUGCGAAAGUAAUACCUUUAAGGCGCAGCGGAUUACAUUAUAAGAUAGUCAAAUUCAAAGUAUUUACUUUACUUUAGAAAGAAGCCGCCCAAGAAAGAGAUGGCUUGAUGACGUCGCAGGAGACUUCGUCGUGAACGUUCGUAAUUGGAAAAAUGUAGCAGUGAAGAGCGAGAAAGUGAACUAGAGGAAGAUUGUUGAUGAAGCUUUGGUCCACCACAGACUGUGAAGCCAAGAAGAAGAAGAAAAGAAAACGUAUGUUAAUGUUAAAAUAGAGCACACAUGUAUGUUUCUUUUCGAGCGAAUUAAAAAUAAAAACAGUAAUCAAAAAUAGCAGAUAUAAGUUUAAUACGUUUUUAGUAGUUUCAGAUUAUUUGUUUUGAUGGCAAAUAGUCUUAAUUAUUUUUGAUUACUUUGAAUUACAAUCGAUUUCUAAUCUCUCAUCAAUAAAAGUUACAAACCAUAAUAUAAAUUCAACAUAUUGUGAGCUGUAGUCUUAAGAAAGAAAAGUUUUAUCUUUAUUAUAUUUUAUAGAUAAAUCUGCGUGCGAAGUUCAUAGAGCGAUGUGUUGAAGAAGACGCCGAAAUGUCAAUUCGUCGGCGUUCUCAACUUGUUGGCCUUUAUACUUUGUCUACGUGGAAAAUUUACCAUAAAGAUCUUGGCUUAAGUGCCUGUAAAAUACAGCUCGUGCAAGCAUUGAAACCAACUGACCAUAGUUUGCGAUGCCUUUUUACUGAUUGGUCUAAUUUUUAUUUAUGAUUCAUAUUUAUUGGACUCCAUUUUGUUUCAAAAAAUUAAUCAGCUAAACAUUGACGACAUUUGGUUCGAACAAGACGGCGCAACUUGUCAUACAACGCGCUUAACAAUCGAUUUAUUUCAAUAUUCGAGCCACCAUUGAUGCCGUACCGCCAGAUUUCUUGGAAAAAGUAGUCAAAAAUUUAACUGAUCAAAUGGACCAUGUAACUCUAAAACUAAAAACUAAGUGCUAUGAAAUUAUAUACCACGUUAUAAUGGAAAAAAAUGUAUUCCAAAAAUAGUUCUGCUUUGUACUAUCAUUUUAAGUUCUCAAGCGCAUAAAAAACACCCACUAUUCAUUUUUUUACUACUGUUUAACUACAUUAUUUUUUAUUAAUUAAUUUUUCAAUGUCCUCUUUCAACGUUUAUCGUAAAACAGUGGAGUAAUCAAACGUCAGGAAUAUUCGUGCGGGUGACUAUUUGCUUAGAAUUGAAUGUGAAAAGCCUAAUGAAAAUAACAAAACUAGGUUACUAACAGCCCUAUUCUUAUGAGGUCACAAAAUUCCACGCGUGCAUAAUUGAAAUUUCGAUCGCAACUCAAUGUCGUCAUUUCUUAUAAAAACUAAUAGCACAUCAGUUCAGAAAAGCAAAAUCUUUGCACCUCAUAAGCGUAUCGUAAAUAAAAAUAGCUGUUAAAAACAAACAAAUAAAAAGUAUAAUACUAAACUUUUUUUUAUAUUCUCAAUCAUAGUAAAAUCUUAUAUGCGUGCGGGGCUGGAGGUGAAAUUUCAAACUAACAAACUAAAUCAGCAAAUAGAACAACUCGACACACACAAAUCUUCUAUUCCUUUCAAUGUUCCUUUUUCGCACAUUUACCUAUAUUUUGUGCACAUAAAUCAUAUCAAAAGAAAAAGCCUAAGCCGCCGUUUCAUAGCAAAAGCUUACUGUGAGAAAGUGUGUAUGCCUUUUCUUUGAGAAAGUUUUCCAAGAAUGAAAUCACAGAACCUGAUCAUAAGAACAAACCUGGGAACCUUUAUAGUGUAAUUACUCCAGACGUAUAAGUUGCUUAAAAGACUUAAAAGCAACCUGCAAACAUGUAUAAAUGACUACUGCAGCCUUAAGAAACUUAGAGCUCUGUUAACCAGAAAUUAGACAUAAAUUUACAUAAUUUAGGCCAACCCAACAUACCAGCAAGAUGCCUCCGAUUCGCUACUCCUCUGCUCGCUAUCUAUCGAUCAAGAUUCGAUUCGAACAGGGCUAUACCUUUUACAACUGGUAUGGUACAACUCACUAUUUUCACAGGCAAAUGCAAUUUUUGGCAGCUCUUUUCCAGCGCUACCACGAUCAGUUGCUAACGCUUGGCGAAUCGAAGAGGUCUAUAGUUCUUCUAUUUGACUGAAAACCAACACAGAAUUCGAAACUUUCUCUCACGGAAGAAGAGUGAAACAAUCGUCAAGUAUUGUUUUACAGCCAACUUUAAGUUUGACAAUGCGAAUAAGAGGCACAAAGCGUGUCGCCAGUACGGGAGAUAAAGUCCCCUCCUCUGCUGCGUCCGUCCUUCUCCCACCAACAAAAUGUUUCACUUCCAAAUGUUUUCCUGUGUAAAUCGGCACUAAGUAAAAUCUAAUUAUUGGCUAACAGAGCGCUUGAAGAGCUGUUGAUUUAGGAUUCUUAAGCUGCGUAAAUUACCGUUAGGCGAAACUUGCUAUCAUAUGAUUAAUUUCUUAUUAAUUCAAUAAGUCUUCAAAAGUUUGCAUGAGGUAUUAAUUUUCGUAUAAAAUUAUUUGACGUGUCACCUUUAAAAAUUCCAUAUGGAGUAUCCUGUAAAAUUAUUAGGUCCAGGCUACCUAUGUAAAUAUAUAGCGCUCAUAGUUUACCAUUUUCUUUAUCUUUUAAACGUAUUGCUUAGCUGACGGAGAGCACGUGACCAGAUUUAGGGUUAGAAUCAAGUUAUAGGAGGUAGGCAUAACUUUUUGUUAGGCGUAUUUAUCGAGCUCAAUGAAACUAAUAACAUAAAGACUGGCCCGCUUUGUUUAAGGUUACAUACGUCCAGCAACGCCAAAAAUGAGCCAAAAGAAAAACUUUUUAAAAGGGAUAACAAUAUAAAUAAAUAAAAAAAAAAUUUUUAAUUUUUCUUUACAAAAAUUAGUAUAUAAAGAUUCACGUAACCCAAAGUGCAAUGAAAAGAAGUUGCUCCACGGUUAUGUGUAGAUAAAUAGUUAUAGUCUGUCGAGACGGAUCUUUGAAUUUCGAAAUAUUUUGCAAUUUACGGCAUUUAAAAAACAAGUUGAGAAAACACUUCCGUAUAUUAAAAAAAAAAAUCUCAUCAAAAAAUAUUAAAAACUGUAUGAGUUAUCAAGCAGACCGUGCCGGAAAACUUUCAAGUGCAUUUCCCUCGAGGCAGUCGGGCAGUUACAUUUUCUACCAUAACUUUGUGUCUAUGGGGAAUUUUUACAAUCGACUUCCACAGAAUUGCGCCUAAAACUAUAAAGAAUACGUACGUAACCCCUUAACUCGGCCAAAAUUGCGUAAGCGUUAUCCCGCCAAUCAAGAAGUAGAAGAAGAAUGAAACUGAGAGGAAAAAUGUGUGAAAAAAUUACGUGCUCUUAUUUGUUUGGCAUUAGGCCUGUGUACGUAAGCAGAUUUGACAGCUUUCGUCCUUUCCCAGCACUUUAAAUUCUUUCGUAAUUUAAGUUAAGUUUACGGUUAGAGUAAUUACGCUAUUAGGUUUUAUAUGCUAGAGUUAUGGUCUUAUGUAAAUUGGGUAUGCAGAGUGAAUCAGUCUUAUCAGGUGCUCACUUUCAAAAUCCUUUAACAAAUGUAUUAAAUGUCUAUAAAGUUAACGUUGGAAAUAACUCAUACAUUUGCCAUAGUCUGCCACUAUUCAAUAAACUGUUUCUUUAACGCUCGCAGUGGAGAUAACUCACAGGGCAUACUAGAUGUAUGUCACUCACAACAACACUGGGCCACAUUAGCCGCCAACUUAGUGUUUAUACGUUUUUACCAGGGGAAUUGUGCAACCACUCUCGUAAAACAUAUUUUUAUUUAAUACGUACCUAUCGGGAAUUUCGCCAUUUAUCAGUCGCAUGCAUAACAUUAAUUGAUGUACUUUUCGUACUUAAUUAAAACUUGUUUCCUGUGAAAGGAAUUUCCUUCACAAUGCUUGCUGAAUGCAAAGAAAUGUUUUGUUGAGAUGGUAUUAGUUAAGAAAAUAUUCCCAAAUUGUGCAUGUAUUUUAGUUUUUAAGAAUAAGGUUCUUUAGGUUAUACACUUGAUUUAAGAUACAAAUAUAUACAUACAUAUAUUUAUUAUGUGUUGUAAUGCGAAUAUACGCGAUGUCCAAUCAGUUAAAUUGUAUUUAAGAAAAAAUUGUGUACUUAGUUUCGAUAUGGAAGCGAUGAGAUUGCUUCUCUGUGCCUGCUAUUCCACGAAUACAAACAAACAUACAUACAUACUUGUGUAUGCCUUUAAUUAUUAUAUUUUAGUCGAUAUGCAUAUGUGGCUUUAUGUAUUCAUAUGUCGCACACGUAUUUCAAAAACAUACAUACACACAUUUGUGGCUAUUAUUAUGUAAUAGAAUAUUGCCUAAUUAAGUAAUAUAAUAAAUAGAAACAUAUGGAUAUUCAAUUUAA